GAGGAGCCGUGACAGGCUGCUCUUGAGUCGACGCUCCCUCUCGGAGCCUGCACUUGUAAAGCAUGUUUUACUUAGCGCAUGCGAAGUGAAGACACGGAAGAAGGCUCCUGAGCGUACACAGAGUGCGUCAUCAUAAUGGAGUCACUGCAGCCGAUUCGAGCACCCGGAGUUAGAAUUCUGAGUGUGGGGAUGUGUCCUUUGCGUAGACCUGAGCGACAUCUCCCGCUGUAGUGGUUAAACCAACCUACCCCACCCUGCUGCCAUCCCGAUGUGGGGGACUACAGCUCCUAUCGUGCUUAGCUAGCAUGGCCCUUGGUUGGCUAGCAGAGAAUGAGGACAGUUGCAGUCCAAUAUAUCUAGAGAAUGCAAGGAUGGAGAAGUCUUGGUUAGGAAGCUCCGUGGGUGACUGUGGCCCGUCAGUCAGCUGAACCUUCCUUAAAGGGUGCUUCUUGUGAGGAAAAUGGCGGCGGGGGGGGGACGACGACGACGACGACACACACCUCUGUAUAUCAUGCUGAGCCCCUUGGAGGAAGGCUGUGAUAAAAAUACAUAAAUACAUAAUUAAAUGUAUUAAAAAAGCACAUGGCUCUUUAGAAAUAGGUGAUUGUCAACACAGUGAGAAUGCGGUGUGAAGUCUGCCUGUGACUCAUUUUUGUUUGAUUACUUGUUUCUCUCUCCCUCAUUUUCUCUAGCCCACUAACCAAAGUGAAGCUGAUCAAUGAACUGAAUGAACGUGAAGCACAGCUGGGUGUGCAGGACAAGGUCUCCUGGCAUGCAGAGUACAAGGACAGUGCCUGGGUGUUUGUGGUAUGGAGAAAUUGUGAACAUAAACCUGGUACGUGAUAAAAAGACAGGGAAAUCCAAAGGAUUCUGCUUCAUUUGCUAUGAAGAUCAGCGAAGCACCAUUCUUGCGGUUGAUAACUUUAAUGGAAUAAAGAUAAAAGGAAGGACAAUCCGUGUGGACCACGUAGCUAAUUAUCGCCCUCCAAAAGACUCUGAAGACAUUGAUGAUGUUACAAAAGCCCUUCGGGAAAAGGGAUGUGGUGUUAAAACACCUCCUCCGAGUUCUUCUGAAUCCUCUGAAGACACUGAGGUGGAAGUAAAGAAACACAAAAAAGAGAAAAACAAGAAAAAGAAGAAAGAGAAGCGAGAGCAUCGGAAACGUGUAAAAGAGGAGCCACCUGUUGAUGCACCACCUUCAAAAACCAAGAUUAAAGUGGAAAAGGAAGACCCUGGCUAUGACCGGUAUGCAAGCACAAGUCAACCAGUCUGGAGCAAAGCAUCUGGGCACAAACAUACAAGCCGGCUUCAGCAAGAACAGGACCCCAAGUAUGAACGGACGAGAGAGGGGUCUCCAGAGAGAGGCACAGAUAGGGAUAGACAAGAGCAAAGGACUCCCUACAGUGAGAAACACAAAAAGGCAGAUGCUUCCAAAGAAAGACUCCGGGCAUCUGAAAGCAGAAGAUCCCGAGAGCGGUGGGAGAGCAGAGACAAACCUUCCAGAGACAAGAAGUCUUCAAGCCGCUACUAACCCACCUGCCGUGUUCUGCUCUUGCAAAUGGGAAAGAGAGCAAGGGCGGCCUUGCCUGACAGAACAUCAGCUUGGCGGGGCAAGAGAAGACAGCCCAGCUGACUGGCCUACAUCCUUCUUGCAUGUGGGGCCAGUCUUUUCUGCUGACGUGGGCGUCCUCUCUUUAGAAAAGAGAGGCAGAAGAAUAGAGUUGAAGUUCUCGGUUUCCUUCUGGAAAGUAGAACAUUUACAGUUGACAGAACAUCUCCAUCUCCUGAAUUUUGGACAGAAAGCAUUGGUUUGCAAUGUUAUUUUUAUUUUCAAAUCUAGGAUUAAUAAAUCCGCAAGGAAUGGUUGUAAUUCUUUA